UCACUUUGCUGUCAUUCCUUUCAGUCUCCAUCAGUUGCUGGUAGAGGUGACCAUAUAGAGAGAGUUAACCCUUUCUCUUGCCAUUGCUUCUCUUCCAUUUUUUCUCAUAAAUCUUUUCCUCCAAUUCAGCUCAACCUAGUCCAGCUUGUUUUUGCCAGAAAACAAAGACAAGUAUCAUUAGGGUUUUGUUUUUGUCGUCUUAUAUAAUCAACCCUACUUUCUUUUCCUUUCUCUUCUUCUUGUUCAUCUCUUUCAUGUUUGUGUUUUUUCUUGGGAUCUGAUCCGACAAGAAACAGACAAAAGAAGUUGAAAGGGUUCAAUUCCCAAGGACUUAAUACAGUUAUAUAUGUUGGUUGGUUAUUGUUUGAACUUUUUAAUAUAGUACUUUCUUUUUGUCUUUGAAAAUCUUUGUCUGAUUUAGGAGUGAAGUUGAGAGAUAUAUACAUCACAAGUCUCAUCUCGGUUUAUGCAUCAAAUUAUUUUUGGAGGAAGAUCUGUGACUUCACCACCAUAUUUGCAAGCUUUGUGACUUGAUCUGACUAUAAAAAAGAGAUAUACAUAUGGAAACUUUCUCUCACGUUCCCCCAGGUUUUAGGUUCCAUCCCACAGAUGAGGAACUUGUUGAUUACUACCUAAGAAAAAAAAUAGCUUCUAGAAGGAUUGAUCUUGAUGUCAUAAAAGAUGUUGACCUUUACAAAAUUGAACCAUGGGAUCUUGUAGAGCUUUGCAGAAUAGGAGCAGAAGAACAAAAUGAAUGGUAUUUUUUUAGCCAUAAAGAUAAGAAGUAUCCAACAGGGACAAGAACAAAUAGGGCAACUGCAGCUGGAUUUUGGAAAGCUACUGGAAGAGAUAAGGCAAUUUAUAGUAAGCAUGAUUUGAUUGGAAUGAGGAAAACAUUGGUGUUUUAUAAAGGUAGAGCUCCAAAUGGACAAAAAUCAGAUUGGAUAAUGCAUGAGUAUAGGCUUGAAAAUGAUGAAAAUGGUGCACCACAGGAAGAAGGAUGGGUUGUGUGUAGAGUAUUCAAGAAGAGAGUAACAACAACACUUCGCAAAAUGAGUGAACAUGACUCCCCUUGUUGGUAUGAUGAUCAAGUUUCUUUCAUGCAAGACAUGGACUCACCAAAUCAAACCUCUCAACCAAAUUUAAUUUACCAACAACUUCCAUAUCCUUGCAAAAAAGAGCUAGAUAAUUCACCAUACCAAAACCAUUUUCUUAAUCUCCCUCUUCUAGAGAGUCCAAAACUUGCUCAACCUAAUCCAAUGGUGACAACAUAUGGUACCAUAGAUCAUACAAAUUCCAUGCUCCCUUCACCAAUGCUACUUCAAGAAGAACAACAUGUCUUGCAAACUAAUCAACAACAAAACCUUCAUUCUAUGUAUGGAAACAAUUCCGAUGUCGAUGAUCAAGUUACCGAUUGGAGAGUUCUUGACAAGUUUGUUGCUUCACAACUUAGUCAAGAUGCAACAAAAGACAAUGAUGAUGACAACAUCUUUCAUGGCAAUGUAGAGUUCAGAAAUUUGGAGAAACAAGAAAUGGUGCCUCAUGAAAAUGCCUCAACAUCAAACUCAAGUUGUCCUAUUGAUUUGUGGAAAUAGUGUGAUGGGUUCAUACUAAUUAUAGAGUAAUUUCUAACUAUGAAAUUAAAACAUGCAUGCAAGUAUUGUUUGAAUUCUUGUACAUUAUAAACUUAAUAUGGGCAAAACUAUAUAACAUUUAAUGUGGAGACUCUAUAGCUCCAUAUGGAACCUCUAGAUAGCUUAGCAUUGAAUUAAAGUUUUGUGGAAUAUAUUGGUCACAUAGAUCAUUGAAGAAAAUAUAUUUCCCUCAAGAUAUGGAAUACUUUGAAUGGUUAUUAUUGCAAUUUACCAUGCAUGAUAAA